AUGUAUGCUUUGGAAGAAGCUUGUACAGUUUGGGAAGGGGUUUUGAUUGAUAAAAAAGAAUCUACUUCAACCGAUAUCCCCUUAGGCAUGGCCAUACAUAACAUAGAAAUCACAGUUGGAAAGGGUGGACAAUUAGCUAGAGCAGCGGGUGCUGUAGCAAAACUAAUUGCAAAAGAAGGGAAAUCAUCCACAUUAAAAUUACCUUGUGGGGAGUUCCGUGUGAUAUCCAAAAACUGCUCAGCAACAGUCGGGCAAGUGUGGCAUGUAGGGCUGAACCAGAAAAAUUUGGGUAGAUUCGGAUCUAAGCGUUGGCUAGGUAAGUGUCCUGUAGUAAGAGGAGUAGUUAUGAACCCUGUAGACCAUCCACAUGGGGGUGGUGAAGGGAGUGCCCCAAUUGGUAGAAAACAACCCACAACCCCUUGGGGUUAUCCUGCACUUGGAAAAAGAAGUAGAAAAAGGAAUAAAUAUAGUGAUAAUAUGAUUCUUCGUCGCCGUAGUAUUCUUUAUUUUCUCUCUUCAUCUUUGGAUUCCUAUCCAAUGAUUCAGGAUAGUAGUAAGGCGGCAGACUGCAAAUCCUUUUUCCCCAGUUCAAAUCCGGGUGCCAUCUCAUCAACAAACGAAUCAAAAUUUCUUAUCUGCUGA